GAACAGCCUGAGAAGUGAGAACACUGAACAGCGCGCGGCAGAAGUUCAAGAAGGGCGCCUUCUGUGAAGAGUGAAGAAGUUCAGCCUUCAGGCUUCAGGACCAGCAGUCAAAACAGGGAAAGAAGGCAAACCCUGGGUCUUCACCGCCUAGCAUUUGUCGCUGUGCGUGUAAACAUAAGCGGCACGUCCCUUUCGCUUUGUUUGUAGAUAAGCUGAAAGAUCUGUGACAGCGCGGACGUCAUUGAAGCAAAGAAGUCGAGAGGAUCAAGCAUUGGAGAGGGCCACAAGCAAAACAAGCCGGUUUUGUGGAAAGCCGAGUGAUGCCCAGAUGGCUCUGAAUGUGGUUCAUACGAACACCUGCCAAGGUGGAAGUGUGAAGAGCGCAUUGCACGCACCGGCAACGUCCAGCCUUAUCAGCACAAGGAGCGAGUUUCUGAGAGGAUCUGCAUUGACCUCCUUCUCCAGAGCUCCUGAUCUUUCCAGCAAGUCAACAAUCCCCGCUGGAAAGGUCCUUGCCAGGGCCUCUGCCCCCAAGGAAACUUACUACACGGUGCAGAAAGGAGACAGCCUGUAUCGGAUUGCCAAGCAGCACGAUGUCAAGCUCUCUUCCCUUGCCAAUGCAAACUCCAUCAGAAUUGCACGGAGAGUGCCAAUUCUGCCAGGACAGCAGCUCAAGAUACCAGGAGUAAAGGAUCGAGCCAGCCUCAAUGAGCAGGAAAGGCAGCGGAUGGCAGCAAAGUUGAAGAGGAUUGCAGAGACAGGACACCUCUCAAGCACUAAAGAGCAGCUGCGUGCAAGCCUGGUCCCAAGGGUCCCUGCGCAGAAGGCAAAUGAGGUCAGCCGGCGCUCGAACGUGGUGGCCUCGGUGGCCGUCGACAGUCGCCCCGCCCCCUCGUCCAGCACCCAGGCCCUGGGCGGCUUCUCCCUGUGGCAGCCGGCAGGCGUGCUCCUCCUCCUGAGUGCCGCCUUCUUCUACAUAACCCGGCCCAAGCAGACGGCCGCGUACGUUGAUCCUAGCGUCAGAAAGGCGCAGGCGGUAGAAAGAAGCAAACUGAACCUGAAGCCCGCCGAUCUUCCAACCCCACUCCUGCCGCCUACCCCGCCUAAGCCCAGCGUCAUCAGAGUUGAGGCGUCUGCAGAGGGCGCCUCCACCGAACCAGGGACUCUCCGUUACAGCCGUGUUGGAAGCGCUCUGUUUGCUGUCGGGUCGCCUCGCGUCCUGGAAACCAUGCUGAGCUCCAGAGGACAGGAAGUAGAGGCGCGGGCGAGCAUUGCGCCCCCCCAGUACGAAGCCGAGAAGGCGGAAGCUCGGAAGGUGCUGGAGGAGCGGCUGGCGGCGGCACGGGCUGCGGUGUCGGAAGGGCAGCGGCGGGCGGAGCUGGCCCGGGAGCGAGCGCAGCAAGCGGAGGAGGCCAAGGAGGCGGUGUGGGGCACGGUCGAGCGCAUCCGGGAGCUGAGCAGCAUCAACGAGGAGGUUCUACGAGUCGCAGAGCAAGCUCUGGCGGAGGUCAACUUCCAAAAGGAACUAGCAUCGACUCGCAACCAGAGACGGUGAUCCUUGACCAGCAAAGUGUGUGCUUCUGAAGCAAGGUCGCUAUAGCAGAAGCCGUUGUGUAUCUUCAAGUAUCAACGUUAUGUGUCCCGUUGCUUUUAAUUUGCUCUGUGGUAAGACCUUGUAUAACGUAGUUAUGAUGGCAAGUAAGAAGGCUGUGCUCGAGAGGUAUUGGUCUAGCGAGGCGGUCGAUGCUUGUUACCCCAUAAGAUGGUACAAUUGCAGUCUAGUACCUUCCUAAGUACAAGAGAUGCAAUGGAAAGCCGCUGCAUACACUUUUUGGUUGCAGCAGCAUAAAACAAAGCAGCAAACGUUAAGGGAUGCAACACUAAUAACAUGUCGCCCACACGUUUGACUACUUGUAACCAAGUGAAGGGGUGGUUCAAAAUUCUGAGUGAUCGCGGUUGACUACAAAGUCAUUGAAGCACACGUACAGUGACCACUUCCCGCAAACUUUUCUAAGUAUCAUCCGGG